ACGAUUUUGACGUUUAUCGCGUGAUAUGUCAUACCAAAAAAAUUAGGUUAUAUAUUUUUGGUUUUCUUCGAUUAGAAAAUGAACUCUUGUACCUUUUGGCUUUAAAUAAAAUGUUUGAGCAUUCAGUGAAAGUACCAAGACAUUUCAAAAUAGCAGCUAAUAUUGUUCAGAAAGUUUUUGAAGAGGGUGGCAGCGUAAAAACUUUGUUGUACGACAAUAAACUCAAGCAUUUUAGAACUAACGUGCUUUACGCACUGAUAAAUGAAAGUAUUAAACAUGCUGUCGAUAUCAAAAAUAUGUUUGAAAGCACUGGUAUUCUUGAGAACGAGCCACGUCUAGACCCCUGGCUGGCGAGGGUUCUCACAGCGGAGCUUAUUUACGGGAAAAAAUCACUGCCGGGGAAAAGUAAACCCGAGCAAACAAUUUUGUCGUACAAAGAAAGAUUCGAGAAAUACACUGAAGCUCAAGGCGAUCAGAAAUCUAAAGAUGUUCGCAGGCCUCGUUAUGUCCGCAUAAACACGAAUCUCCUAACAACUUCUGACGCUAUAAGGGCAUUCCAAGAUGAUGGGUACAAGUUCAUCAGAUGCACGUCCGGCUCCUACAAUGACUAUCUGCAGCAAAUACAAAGCCUGACAGAGUAUGACUUCACACAAGACUAUCAUGUGAAGACAAUAUUUGUGUUCUCUCCUACCACCAAACUUCAUGAGCAUGACUUGUAUUUGGAGAACAAGAUUAUAUUGCAGGAUAAGGCAACAGCUUUGCCAGUACACCUGCUAGCACCGCCACCAGGAAGCGUAGUAUUGGACAUGUGUGCUGCUCCCGGUAUGAAGACCACGCAACUCGCGGCCUAUUUGAGAAAUCAGGGAAAAAUCUACGCAGUUGAGAGAAAUGAAAAGAGAUACGAGACUCUCUGCCAAUACGUAGAAGCGACAGGGUCCAAAUGCGUGGAAACGCUACAUAAAGACACGUUGGAGAUCAGACGAGGAGACCUUGAUGAAGUCGAGUACAUCCUCCUCGAUCCAAGUUGUUCAGGAUCUGGCAUGGAACUGAGCGUCCACAACUAUAUUGAUGAAACGAGGCUGGCUAAGCUCACUUCUUUGCAAGAGAAAUUCUUGAAACAUGCCAUGAAUGCAUUUCCGAAUGCUAAAAGAAUCGUAUACAGCACGUGCUCGAUAUUCCCCGAAGAAAAUGAGAGGGUAAUCACUAAUAUUGUCAAAGCUUCAAGAGCGAAAUGGAGGGUUAAAGAUGUAAAAGAACUUUUAAAAGAUCAAUGGAACAACUUCGGUUCAGGAAUGUACGGUAGUAUGGGGACUAGGUGUCUUUACGCCAAACCCGAUAGUGAUUUCACUACUGGUUUCUUUUUGGCAGUUUUAGAUAGAGAUUCGAAAGAUAAGGAAACACUAGAAGACGACCAUAAAGUCGCUAAGAUGGCUCUGAAAUUGGAAGAUAUAACUAAACAACACAAAGACGGAAAAGAUGUAACUAUUAUACAAGUAAAAGACGAAAAUAUUAGUGAAAAUGAAGUUGCCAAAAAUAGUAAGAAAAAGAAACAUAAAGACAUAGAAUCUACUGUUAAUAUCGAACAGUCAGAAUUGUUAUCUGAAGAUGUAAACGAUGAAAGCAAUAUUCUGAAAGGCAAGAAGAAAAAACGAAAGAAAGCCAUAGAAACCAGUGAAAUAUCCCGAGAUGUAUAUGAAAAUCAAGAAAAUGAUGACAAAGCUGAUACUAAUACAAAAACAAGUGAAAAUUCACAAAUAUCAUUAAAUUACAUAGAAAAUAAAAAUGAAAUAGAAAUCCCAAAAAAGAAAAAGAAAAAAGACAAACAGCCAAUAAAUUACCCCACGGAGGCAGAGAAAGGCAUUGUUUCAGAAAUGUUACUUAAUAAUGAUGAAGUAACACAGAAAAAGAUGAAAAAGAAAUCUAAAAAUCUUGACAAUGAAUUAUUAGAACCAGUAACUGAAGUAAUAGAAGAUAUUCCAUCUAAAAUAGAAGAAGAAAAUUCAAAAAAGUUAAAUAAACGAAAGAAACAAAAAGAAAUAUCCAUAUCAUUUGAAAAUAACGAAGAAGAAAUAAACCAAUCUAAUGAAAACAAUAAAAUAAUUCAAGUAUCAGUUGAAGACACUUACAAUAAUGAAGCACCAAAUGAAGUGCCGAAAACAAAAAAGAAGAAACACAAAAAGGAAAUAGAAAAGCCUAUUGAUAGUGCAAUAGUAAUUGACGAUGGUAUUGGUGAGACCACGAAAAAAUCAAAGAAAAGAAAGAAAGAUGGAGAAAACAUGAAUUAUGAUCUAACUGAAGACUCAGAAGUUGUGGGAAUAAAAGAUAAGAACGGAAUUAAAAAAGGAAAAGGUGACACCGAUGUUAUUGUAACAGAAAUCAGUCAGUCGUGUGAAGUUCCAAAAAAGAAAAAGAAAAAGCGGGUUUCGGAAAAUAGUUGAUGUAGGAGUACUGCUAUUUGCUUUAUGAUGAUUUUAAUAAAGAUUUUUAUUAAAAUAAA